AACACACCACACUUCCUGCACAUCAAAGGUGUGGAGGUGAACGCAGGACAGACAGCGACGUUUCACUGCACCGUGAACGGACAGCCGCAAGGCAACCUGCUGCUGCACCUCCAGGGCAUGGGUGGACGUGAGGCCACUGUUAAGGAAACAAAAGCUGUAAACAGUCGGCGUUACGUGGCGAGCUUCGAUGUGAAAAAUACAACCAAAGGUGACUCUGGACGCUACCGCUGCAUCGCCCAAUCAGAGCAAGGCGUGGGCGUGUCCUCCUACUCAGACCUCACAGUCAAACAGCCCCCAGUACCGAUUGCACCCCCUCAGCUGACAGCAGUCGGAGCCACAUACCUCUGGAUCCAGCUCAAUGCCAACUCCAUCAACGGAGACGGGCCCAUCAUCGACAGAGAGGUGGAGUACCGUACGAUGUCGGGCAUGUUGAUUGACACCACACCUGUUGAUAAGCCCACCCAUAAGAUUGGACACCUGGAUCCCGACACUGAAUAUGAGAUCAGUGUUCUGCUCACCAGGCCCCUGGAAGGAGGAACAGGCAACCCUGGACCGCCGCUCAGAGCCAGAACCAAGUGUGCAGACCCGAUGCACGGCCCACGGAACCUUCAGGUCGUCGACAUUCAGUCCAAACAGGUGACGGUUCGAUGGGAACCUUUUGGAUACAACGUGUCCCGUUGCUACAGCUACAACCUGACGCUGCAGUACCGCUACAGGCCUACAGGGGGUAACAGCAGAGAUCCAGUGAAGGAGCAGGUUUGGGAGGAGGUGGUGUAUGACACUCUGAGCACUGUGCCGCAGCACAUCGUACGUAACCUCCCUCCAUUCACCAAUGUCAGCCUCAAACUUCUCCUGAGCAACCCGGAGGGUCGUAAAGAGAGCUCAGAGCUGCGUGUGCUGACAGACGAGGAUGUUCCAGGUGCUGUCCCCCUGGACUCAAUUCUCGGCAGCAGCUAUGAGCAGCAGAUAAGUCUGAGCUGGAGGGAACCGCUUCAGACUUACGGCCUGAUCAGGCAGUAUGAGAUUUCCUACAAAGCUCUGAGCUCCUUCGACACAGACUUUGACCUAWCCAAUCAGAGCGGCAAGGUGUUCAAACCAGCCAAUGAGACAAGCCACUUGUUUACAGGCCUCUACCCGGGCUCCACCUACUCCUUCACAAUAAGAGCCUCCAAUGUUAAAGGAUUCGGCCCACCGGUCAUCACACAGUUUACCACCAAGAUUUCAGCUCCUCUGAUGCCAGCCUAUGACCAGGAGCCUCCUCUGAACCAGACUGACUCCACUGUCACGGUCCUGCUGAAACCGGCUCAGAGCCGGGGCGCCCCUGUCAGCAGGUACCAGGUGGUGGUGGAGGAGGAGCGCCCCCGCAGGCAGAGGAGGGGCACUGCAGAAAUCCUGCGUUGUUAUCCAGUUCCUGUUCACUUCCAGAAUGCUACGCUGCUAAACUCUCAGUAUUACUUCAGCGCUGAGCUCCUGAAGAACGAGCUGAGGGCAGCGAUGCCCUUCAGUGUGGGAGACAACAGAACCUACAACGGUUACUGGAACGCUCCUCUGCUGCCUCACAAGAGUUAUGGGAUCUACUACCAGGCUGUCAGCAGUGCUAACGGGGAGACAAAGAUCGACUGUGUUCGAGUGGCCACUAAAGCUGCCAUAAUCGUCACUCAGCUCACCACGCCGUAUAUCCGCAUCGCCCCGGCAGCUGGUGACAAGCAGCUAACAG